UGCACAGGAGAAAACAUACCUUAAGUCUGCACUAAAGAAAGACAGAAGCAUAUCCCCAGCAGGUCUGCAAGUAGUCCAGUUGCCUUCUACAUACAGUAUCUUUUCAACACAUUUUCGAGUUGAAAACAUUUAAGAAUCAGAUGUUAUGUGGAUCUUCAACUCAACACGUGUGUUUACCCACUCCCAUCCUUCUCAACAGGAAGUGUGUAAUGGAGUGGGAGGAGCCUCAUGACAGCACCCUCUACUGCAUCCAGACAGACGGAAAUCACAUGAUAGCCAGCGGCUCCUCACACUACGGUGUGGUACGACUCUGGGACAAGCGGCAGACUGAGUGCCUGCAGUUCUUCCAGCUGAGCUCACACCCAGUGAGCAGCCCAGUGUACUGCCUGAGGUUCAGCAACUCCCACCUGUACGCUGCCUUGGCUACCUCCCUGCAUUCACUGGACUUCAGACAGAGCCCCAGCUACAUCAGAUGACGCACGCACACACUGUUAAAAUUAAUAUCUUCAAUAAAGCUGUCUAUUUUCACAAUAAAA